AGGAAGGGUCUGGAGGCCGUGCCGCGCAUGCAGCCGGCCAUGAUGAUGUUCAGCAGCAAGUACUGGGCACGGCGCGGCCUCUCGCUGGACUCGGCCAUGUUCGACCAGCAGCAGCAGCAGCACACGGGGGACAGUCUCCUCCGGGAGGGCUUCAAGAUGUCACGUCGCACCUCCUUCGGCCGCAUCGAUGAGAGGCCUGACAAGGAGGUCGCCUGCACCUCCCCCGAGCCAGGCAAGACCACCAUCAUCUUCUCCGUCAAGAAUGAAGUGGGCUGCCUGGUGAAAGCCUUACGCCUGUUUCAGGAGAGGCAUGUGAACCUAGCCCACAUCGAGUCUCGGCGCAGCAAGCACGUCCCCACAGAGGUGGAGAUCUACGCCGAGUUCAACUGCACCAAGAAGGAGUUCAAGCAGCUGGUGCAGCACCUGAAGGACCACGUCAACAUCAUCUCAUACAACACACCGCAACAAGUCUGGUCUGCAGACGCAGACUGUGAGGACUGCGUGUGUGUUCUGGGGGCGCUGCCCAAUGAGGAGGGGAUUCCCUGGUUCCCCCAGAAGAUCGCGGAGCUGGACCAGUGCUCUCACCGCGUGCUCAUGUACGGCUCCGAGCUGGACGCAGACCACCCUGGCUUCAAAGACAACGUGUAUCGCCAGAGGAGGAAGUAUUUUGUAGAAGUUGCGAUGAAUUACAAAUUUGGGCAGCCCAUCCCUCGUAUCGAGUACACGGAGGAGGAGGUGAAGACGUGGGGGGUGGUGUUCCGCGAGCUGACUAAGCUGUACCCCACGCACGCCUGCCGGGAGUACCUCAAGAACCUGCCGCUGCUCACCCAGCACUGCGGCUACCGCGAGGACAACAUCCCACAGCUGGAGGACGUCUCCACCUUCCUCAGAGAGAGGUCAGGGUUCACGGUGCGUCCGGUGGCCGGCUACCUGUCACCUCGGGACUUCCUAGCCGGCCUGGCCUACCGAGUCUUCAACUGCACACAGUAUGUGAGACACAGCGUAGAUCCCCUCUACACGCCAGAGCCGGACACCUGUCACGAGCUGCUGGGCCACGUGCCCCUGCUGGCGGACCCCAAGUUCGCCCAGUUCUCCCAGGAGAUCGGCCUGGCCUCCCUGGGGGCCACCGACGAGGAUGUGCAGAAACUCGCCACGUGCUACUUCUUCACUAUUGAGUUCGGCCUGUGUAAACAAGAGGGACAGCUGAGGGCGUACGGCGCUGGUCUUCUCUCCUCCAUUGGGGAACUGAAGCAUGCGCUCUCGGACAAGGCCACAGUGAGGACGUUUGAGCCCAAGACCACCUGCAACCAGGAGUGCCUCAUCACCACCUUCCAGGACGUCUACUUUGUCUCCGAGAGCUUUGAGGAGGCCAAGGAGAAGAUGAGAGAUUUUGCCAAAACGAUCAAGAGGCCGUUCUCGGUUUACUACAACCCGUACACUCAGAGCAUCGACCUUCUGAAGGACACCAGGAGCAUCGAGAACGUGGUGCAAGACCUUCGCAGUGACCUCACCACAGUGUGCGACGCACUGGGCAAGAUGAACAGAUAUCUAGGAAUUUAAGGCUUAUUUGAGUUAUUCUUAUGAGGAGAUUUGGUCUUUUAAAGGGAUACUGCAUAAUUUCGGGAAAUAAUUAAUCCAUUCCACCUACCCUGAGUCAAAUGUUUGAGUUUCACCUUUCUCCUGCACUUCCAACCCUUCUCUGGUAAGGUAAAUUCUACCUCCAAGCUAGCACACUCUGUAUAAUUAAAUCAUU